AAAUAUUUAUUUUGUUAAAAAAAUUGAUUAGAUUUUGAACAUAUAAUCUUUGAAUACGUAUAUUGGAAAUGACUUCUGUAUAGGUAGGGUAGGUAACGUUUGUAUAUAUUCUAUUGUGUCAGACUCCACUUAUGAGAUACAUGUUUUUGUUGUUGAUUUUUCAAAUAUUUUCAAAUUUUCAAAAAAAAAUUGGUCUGACUGGAGGUUUUUUGGUACUUUCACUCGUAGAACUUCCAAAUUUUAUUCAACUAAAAUGCAUAUCUAAAUGCAAUUUCAAAUUUUAGAAAGUCAAAUUUUCAUGUUUUGUAAAAAAAAAGGAAGUUUAGUGUUUUCCUCUUUGCCUGGUUAUUAGUUUAUAUAUAUAUUUAUGUUUCCCUCGAAAAAUAUUGAAUUCAUUUGAAACUUACUUACAAAAAGCCUAAAAAAGCUCUGAAUUUUAGAUCAGAGGUGAAGAGAAUUCGCGCCAGAAGAUGAAGUAUAUGAAGCUUGGAUCUAAGCCUGAUCAGUUUCAGACUCAAGGAGAUAGUAUCAGGUAUGUAGCAGCUGAAUUGGCAACUGACAUGAUUAUUAAUGUUGGAGAUGUGAAAUUUUACCUCCACAAGUUCCCCCUUCUGUUGAAGAGUUAUCGCUUACAGAAACUGAUUGCGUGUACAAACGAGGAAAAUAUUGAUGAAAUCAACAUCCAUGAUAUACCUGGUGGACCUGCUGCUUUUGAAGUGUGUGCAAAGUUCUGUUAUAAUAUGACAGUAACUUUAAAUGCAUAUAAUGUCGUUGCAGCUCGUUGUGCAGCAGAGUACUUGGAAAUGUAUGAGUCAGUUGAGAAGGGAAAUCUUAUCUACAAGAUUGAAGUUUUUCUUACGUCUAGCAUCUUCCGGAGCUGGAAAGACUCCAUCAUUGUUCUUCAGACCACAAAAGCUUUUCUUCCCUGGUCCGAGGAAUUGAAAAUCGUUAGUCAUUGUCUGGAAUCCGUAGCUUCUAAAGCUUCUGUAGACACCUCAAAGGUGGACUGGUCUUACACUUAUAACCAUAAAAAACUUCCAUCCGAAAACGGAAGUGAUCUGCACUGUAAUGCGAUAAGCUGUCAACAGCUUGUUCCAAUAGAUUGGUGGGUUGAGGACCUUUGUGAGCUUCAUAUUGAUUUGUAUAAACGGGUCAUAGUAACAAUAAAAACAAAAGGAAGGAUUUCUUCAGAAGCAAUAGGUGAAGCACUGAAAGCAUAUGCCAACCGGAGGCUCCCGGGAUUCAGCAAGGGCAGUAUACGAGGAAGUGAUCCUGAAAAGUAUCGGUACAUGGUUGAUACGAUUACUUGGUUGUUGCCCAAAGAGAAGAACAGUGUUUCCUGCAGUUUCUUGAUCAAAUUGCUGCAAACAUCUAUUGCAUGCGAAUGUGGACAAACGAUGAGAAGUGAACUGAAGAGGAGGAUUAGCCUGCAUAUGGAAGAUGCAACAGUAGGUGACUUACUAAUUCGAGCUCCAGAUAGUGAGACUAUUAUAUUCGAUAUUGACAUAGUACACGACCUGGUAGAGAAUUUCAUGUUGCAUCAAAAGAGAGGUCAGAUUGAUAGUUCUGCAGAUAAUAAAUUCCACGAUAUAUGGCCCCCGUUUGCAUCCGAUGAUUCCGAAGUAAAGGUGGCUAGGGUAAUCGAUGGAUACCUUGCUGAAGUUGCUAGAGAUCCAAAUCUACCGGUAUCGAAGUUUAUCAAUCUUGCAGAAUUGGUCUCUAGCUUCUCUAGACCUUCCCAUGAUGGAAUUUACCGCGCUAUUGACAUGUAUCUCAAGGAACAUCCUGGGAUAACUAAAAGCGAGAGAAAAAGAAUUUGUAGGCUAAUGGACUGCAGGAAGCUAUCAGCUGAGGCCUGCAUGCAUGCUGUGCAGAACGAGCGCCUUCCUGUACGAAUAGUUGUACAAGUUCUGUUCUUUGAGCAACUCAGAGCCACAGCAUCAUCCGGUGGUGGCAGCACUCCUGACCUGACUAGACCGGUCAAAUCUUUGCUCCCAGUGGGAUCUCAGAGGUGCUCCACAUCAGCUACAUCCAACAUCGAGGACAAUUCAGAUGCUGUGCUCACAGCCAAGGAACUUAAAGAUCUGAAAGGUGAGCUUGCAACUCUAAGAUUGAGAGACAGAGGAGAUAACAAUUGUAGUAACUUGAAUGACAUGAUAAAAAAUGCUGCAACGGUUGACGAUAGCAAAGUGAGGAGUUCAGUCAUGUCCAAAAAGAUGUUCUCAAAACUAUGGUCAAAUAAAGAUAGACAAAGUGAGAAUAGCAGCUCAGAUACAUCAGAAAGCCCAUCAUCUUCUAAUGCAGGGGAAACAAAGUCUACCUCUUGUAGAGUGGGAGGCAUUCCCUCUCUUAAUAUUAGCUGAAAAGUAGCCACGAGUUCAAAACCGACCAGAGACCUGUGCCCGAUAUUUAGGAGGAGAAGGAUAAAGGAACGUGUCCAUUUGAGCCUUGUGCUCGCUGGGAGAUUUCUCGUUUAUAGAAGAAAAAAACAUAGCAUAGCUGUUGCAGUCCCUGUUCACUCUAGGCUAUCCACUUAGAGAAAGUAUAGAUUAGGGCAAAGGUAAGUUUUUAUAGAGGGAAACAAGUUCUAUGGUAGCUUUCAAAUUCUUUCCCGAAAAGUUUACUCGCUGUUAAUAAGUGACUCCCAUACACCAAUUGUAUCAUAUUCUUGACAAUUAAAAUCUCUAAUAUUAUCAAUUGUAGCUGUAUAUUUCCUUUUUGCAAA